AACCUCAAGCCAAGAGAGCCAGUGACCAGCUGGCAGGAUGGGGACUACAGCAGUGUCUCCUGCACCCAGAGUGUCUUGCUGUGUUUCGGGGCUCACCACUGCAGGCUGAAGUCAUCAAAAAGAGGCUGAAAUCCUAGAGAGACACAACUUGCAAAAAGCAGAGCUCUCCACUACUGUAGAUGGGGCGCUGGAUAUGCUGCCUUUGCUCCAGAGCUGCAGAUCCAUUGAUGCUGCUCCUGGUUUUGGCUCUGGGCUGUAACCCUUCCACAGCAGCAGCAGCAGCUUCUCCACCUGUGCCCCACGUCAAACCCAGCUACAGUUUUGGCCGGACUUUCCUGGGACUUGAUAAAUGCAACGCCUGCAUUGGGACAUCCAUAUGCAAGAAGUUCUUUAAAGAGGAGAUAAGGUUUGACACCUGGCUUUCUUCUCAUUUAAAGCUGCCGCCCAGCUCCCUGCUCAGCUACUCGGGCAACUACACGGACGAUGCCAAGAGCUGGCGGCUGGUGGACAUCACCCGCCUGACCUCCAAAUACCAGCACGACCGGGCGGACAAGCGCAUCUGCACCUCCCUGCUCAAGACCAAGAGCUGCAGCCUGGAGCGCGCCCUGCGCCGCACCCAGCGCUUCCAGAAGUGGCUGCGGGCCAAGCGCCUCACGCCCGACCUGGUCCAGGGCCUGUCCAGCCCCAUGCUGCGCUGCCCGUCCCAGCGCCUCCUGGACAGGAUCGUGCGGCGCUACGCCGAGGUGCCGGACGCCGGCAGCAUCUACAUGGAUCACCUGACGGACCGGGACAAGCUGCGCCUGCUGUACACCCUGGCAGUGAACUCACACCCCAUCCUCUUACAGAUCUUCCCCGACGUGGAGGGCUGGCCCUUCCCACGGUACCUGGGCUCCUGCGGGCGCCUGCUGGUCAGCGCCAGCACCCGGCCCCUGCGCGACUUCUUCGGCGCGGCGCCCGAGGUGGCCGCAGACCUGGCCCUGCAGCUCCUGGCCGUGCUGCGCUCCAUGGCCACCAACGACCUCAACUACUUCUUCUACUUCACCCACGUGGACGCUGGCACCUUCGGCGUGUUCAGCAAUGGGCAUCUGUUCAUCCGGGAUGCCAGCACGCUGGGCAUCAUCGACAAGGAGGAAGGGAGCCAGCUGAUCGACGGCCAACAGGAGUAUAAAGACAUCUUCAGCUGCCUGACUGUGGACUGCCAGUCUGCAUUUGUGUCCUGUGACUCCAUCAGGGAGAAGCACAGCCUUGUCCUGGUGUGUCAAGACCUUCUUCCGAAGCUGCUGACGGGGAAGUUCCUGCCCCCCGUGCAGGAGAGGAUCGAUGCCUUCCUGCAGCGCUGCGCCCGCGGCCUCGGUGACGACCGCGGUGCCAGCGAGGCCAUGGCGGAGCUGGCAGAGAUCCUGAAACCUCUGCGGUCCUGCGACUCCCGCUUCGCCUACCGCUACCCUGACUGCAGAUACAGUGACAAAUACUGACACAGGAGCUGUCCCUGGCAAGGACUGGGCCGGUGACAGCCCCCUCCCAGCGCAGGAAGCGAGAAGGAACCAGGGUGGCUGGAAAGAGCUGCCCCGAAUCCGGGGCGUUCUCGGUGUAGGAGGGAGCAGAGUGCACAUGGGAUUUAUUAUUCAUCUCCCAGAGAUGCGUUUGUUACGUAGGAUAUAGGCAUGGUGUAUGGUUUAUGGAUUAUUAACAUUGUCAUGACUGACAAGGGGCCACAGGAUUAAUAAAUCUCAUUCUCGUGUUUUGGCCUUGCAAGAGUUUCCCAUGCCAUUUGUUGAAAAGCAAGGCAGGAUGCUCACAACCAGCUUGAUAGAGGAUUUUUAUUGCCAAGAAACUCUUUCUGAUGGAGAUGAUAUAUAAAAAUAUGGGAUGGAUGGAUGGAUGGAUGGAUGGAUGGAUGGAUGGAUGGAUGGAUGGAUGGAUGGAUGGAUGGAUGCAUUUAAGAGUUUCCCUGUGGCUAUUUUUAAUGUGCUAAGAAUCAUAGAUAAAUGGAACAACCAGAUCAGUUCUGUACCAUCACCCAUCACAGCUCACUUUUAUAAAGUAUUUUAAUUUUAUUACUUUGGUGACACACAGAACAAAAAGACACUAUCGAAAGCAUUAAAAAGCUGAAAGGUU